UUUGCAGAGCAGUCUUGGCGCGCAUGCGUCCUAGUUUGACGUGUUUUCUGUUGUGAACUGACAGCUGUUCUCUGUCAAAUAAUCUCGUAACGAAACAUCGUUUUAUUUACAAAAGUGUUUUCUGAUUUUGAUUGUUGUAAACUGUAAUAAUGGAGAGAAACGAUAGAAAAGUUAACUCCCGGAACCAUUCAAUAACAAUAGACCGUGAUUCCAAGCAAAUUUUGCGAAAACUCAUACUGGAUGGAGCGAUAAUGUUUUGCAUCAGUUUCCUGGUCUUGGCGUACUACCUCUGGGGGACGCCCUAUGAAAGGGGCUUCUUCUGUGACGAUGAGUCCCUUAAACACCCUUUUAAAGACUCAACUGUUACCAACAUCAUGCUGUACAUUGUCGGCCUCGGGCUACCAAUUGUUUCGAUGGUCCUGACCGAGUGGAUCCGCCUUCGCGACUACAAGGGCGGCCGGUCUCGCCUGAUCUUCGGCCACGAGGUGCCCGCCUGGGUGUGGGAGGCCUACACCGUGGUCGGGGUCUUCCUGUUCGGCUGCGCCUGCCAACAGCUCACCACUGAUGUCGCCAAGUAUACCAUUGGUAGACUCAGGCCCCACUUCUUUGAUGUAUGCAAACCAGACAUAGACUGUGACUUGCCCGAGAACAAAUGGCGGUACAUAACGAACUUCGUGUGCCUCGGCGGGGACGCCAAGAAGCUGAAGCAAAUGCGACUCUCCUUCCCCAGCGGUCACUCGUCCUUCUCCGCUUAUACUAUGCUGUAUUUCUCUAUGUACCUGCACAAGCGCUUCCUGUGGCGCGGCUCGAAGCUGCUGCGUCACUCCUUACAGUUCCUGCUCAUGAUCCUGGCCUGGUACACCGUGAUGACGCGCGUCUCCGACUACAAGCACCACUGGAGUGAUGUCCUCGCCGGCUUCGCUAUCGGCAUCUUCUAUGCUGUUAUUAUUUUUGCCUUCGUCUCGAACCUCCGCAAAACUCAGCGGGUGAGAACACCAAUCACGAGCCACGAGUCUGAGCUGACGACCAAUGGGAACACGCGGCCUGGCGCCGGCUGGCAGGUCUGACCAACCCCGCCCGGCUCACAGUCUCUUAGCGAAGACGAGCCCUGACCCGAAGAAACUCGAGUCUCUUGGAUCUCACACCAAUAUACCAUCAACUAACUGUGUUAUUCAAGACGGUGUUUAACUUACUGGACUAGAUAAUAUGGGAAGCUUACGAUAUCAGACGAUGAUACAUUGCUUUAAAUUUGCCUUAUGGUGUGUAGUUCUGUUGGAAUCAGACUUUGUAAAAAUCGUAUAUCUGGAUGACGUUGUUGUGAAAGUGCAAUUUGUAAGGUUAAUAAUAGUAAGUGAUCACAAAGUGCGGGAUAUGUUCGGGUAAUUGUUGUAUUAUUAUUAGGUACUAACUCGUUUGUUCCUAGGCGUUAGUUACAGGCUUGAAAUGUGUCUGAAUUGUACCGAAAGUUACAUAAUACUUAGUUUUAAGAGUUACGCAAUUGGAGUUAUCAAUACCCGUUAUGUCAAUUAUUUAGGUUUAAUAAGUACUGACAUGAUGUAAGGUUUGUGUUUUGUCAGUCACUGAUACGUAGUGAAACCAAAUUAUCUGACACACUAUACAUAGAUAAAAAAUAUUGUUAUAAAAAGGACUCUCAAAAUAAUAGCAAAUGUAUACGUAUUACGUAUGUACUAUGUACCAUCUAUCAUUAGGUUAGAUAAUUUGGUGGGACUGUUGGUAUUAAUAUUAUAUUAUGUUAUAGGAUAACAGUACAGGAUAAUUAAAUGCAUUUUACGUUUGACUUCUAAGAUGCAAAAUUUAUGAAUAAAGUACAAUAUCUUUGUGUAAGUUCUACUUAAAAGUAUUUACAUGCUACUUAGUCGAAAGCUGUUUCUUUCUAGAAAAUUUAUUUAUUUUAGACAUUUUAAAAUGUUUAAUCAGGUUAAAGUACAAAUUAUAUUUCUUGGCAAUCUGCAGCUCUUGUGCAGCAUUUUAAAUUAAUGCAAUUUCCUUUCAUUUACGUCAGUUAAAGUUUUAAAACUGGUUGCUCACACGCAUUUUACUUUACUGCUUUUUAUCUUUUACUCAAUGCACUGUUUUUAUUUAUUUUAGAAUAACUAUGUAGUUUUUAAGCUUUGAAGUCUGUAAGGCUGCGAAGAAAGUGUAUUUUUAUUCUGUGAUAUAGUGUUAUACAUAAUAAAUUUUAGAUGUAGUAAAUAGCUUUUACCUUUAUGAUAAUAUUGGUUUAAUUAAUAUAAAUUUUAGGGUACGGUGCUAUAAUAAUUAAAGUGAAAAUUAAUACAGCACUAAUCGUUGAUUCAAAAAACUGAAUUAAUAGUCAUUUAUAUCGAUACCUACGAUUUGGUCUGAAUAUUUUUUUUACAGUGCGUUCAAAAAUAUAAGUCGGUAAUGAUCUACAGUGCCUGCCUACCCUUCUAGUUACUUUUAUGUGCAGUAUCAAGUAUCUUACCUACAAACAGUUUUUAAGUCACACUUAGAGAUAAGAUAGAACCACAAUUUUAUUAUUAGUAACCGAUUAAAAUAUGAUAUUUAUAAAACUUGUUUUAGAUUUAAAUAAAUAUUUAGUUAUUGACA